UAACAUUUGCUCAAUUUUACAAAUAUGUGAUAGAAUUAACAUAAAUUCAAACAGCUAUGACGAUCAAGCCUGCUGCAAUGUGUUUGUGUUGUCUAAUGAGGCCGACAUUUGUAUCCACCGAAUGAGAAUGUGUGCCAAAAAUUGCGGUAGCGAUUGCGUAGACAAUACCAUAAUGUAAUUAAAUGAGCACAGCAAGCGACGCGCGAAUUGUUCGGUUUCAAGCCCAUAUCUGUAGGAACUUUAGCGCACGGGCUUCCAGUGAGAGUAAAAUUGAAUUUUCAUUGCGAAACGCUAGCUUUUGUGAUUUGACGUCAAUCGCUGUAGCUCAGUUUUGGGUUGGACAACAUCUCUUCAAGGUUUUAGACUUGUGAUACUAAAUUCUUGCGGAUCUGCUUCAUCUUCUCAAGCUCUUCCUUAAAGCUGAUUGUCACGCGUCAAGUGCAACAAUGAUCCUCUAGAUCAACACGCUCCUGUAAUUCCAUCAGUUCGUCGUACCAAACAUGCUGUUAGUUCUCUUCACUUGGCCAUGAGUAGUAGAUCCAGCUUCGGACGUUUGUUGGUCAGCAAAGACAUGGCUGUUUCGAAUGAGUUGUUAUUUUUAUCAGUAUAUUUGCGCUCAUUUGCACUGCGACGCCAAUCAUCAACCAAGAUAUCAAAGCGCCGUCGUAUAACUCUUCAUGGCUUUUUGCCGUGUUUUGUUUCCAAGUUCGCACCAGUUUUCCUUAAUCGUCAGAACAACCUUUGUUAUCAUCACGAAUGUCGAGACUCAAAUGACGAUCUCACCUUUUCGCAAUCUCAUGUUUGUUGAGUCCGACAGGCGGCGUUUAAGUUAAUAAAGGUCCUACGGUGGCUAACUGGUAGUAAGCGACUCUCUUGGGUGACGAGAUUUCUUGCGACAAAAUGCGGUGUGGGCCCUGAUAACUCUCUACAAAUAGCACGGCAUCCGCAAAGUCUGCCUCCAGAUGUGAGCAACCUUCGCAAGAAUGUAUAUGCGACGUGGACAACGUUAAUGAAUGAAGUUCCAGGGUAUCCGUGUCAUCAACAUCUCUAGCCUCAGAGACAAAGGGCCUAUAUGAAAGCAACCGCGCACGAAGUGCUCGUGCAGGCGACAAUUGCCGUACGAUGCGAGCGACUUUGCCUUCGUAAGUGACUUUUUAUUCUAUACGACAGGUUAUGGGGAAUAUCGAGGCUGUAUCUUUGUCAAAAACCUUUCAC